UUCUACCAGCAGUGAGAGAGCACUUCCGAUAAACAGGCUGCCCUCCGAGGUCGGCCGGCUGCAGAACUCUUCCGGUCCAUAGGCUGCGCCAGACCUCCGUUCCCUCUCUGCCAAGUUUCAAAGGUCGGCAAGCAGGUGUCUGCAGCUCUGCGGUUCAUCUUCUCCACGAUGUUGCUCAUUAUCUUCACCCUGGUGGUUGGAGUUCUCCUUUAUUCCUUGUUUUUGCGUGAGAACCCCAGGAGCAUCCCGGAGGGGGUCGGCUGGUGGGGGGAGGGGGAUCGGCUGGAGUUGGAGGAGGAGGAUGAAUCGGUCAAGCCGUUUAAGCUUGAAGUGUCAGAGCAAAUGAUCCAGGACCUGUACAAUCGCCUGGACAACACGCGGUUCACCCCCCCACUGGAGGGCAGCUGCUUUCACUAUGGCUUUAACUCCACCUACCUGAGGAAGGUGGUUUCCUAUUGGAGGAACGACUAUGACUGGCGGAAGCAGGUGGAGCACUUAAACAGCUACCCUCAUUUCAGAACCAGGAUUGAAGGGAUCCAAGUGCACUUUGUGCAUGUGAAGCCGGACGUGCUUCCCCCAGACGGAGCCGUUCGACCCCUGAUGUUGAUCCACGGCUGGCCAGGUUCCUUUUACGAGUUCUACAAGAUGGCUUCCCUUCUGAAGGACCCCGGCAGCCACACCCUGGACAAGCACCAGAACCUGGCCUUCGAGAUGGUUUGUCCCUCCAUCCCAGGAUACGGCUUCUCGGAGGCACCACACAAGCAAGGCUUUGACACGAUCGCUGCUGCCCGCAUUUUCCACAAACUGAUGCAACGUUUGGGCUUUGAGCGUUUCUACGUACAGGGAGGCGACUGGGGUGCCACCAUCGCCACUAACAUGGCACAGAUGAUCCCUGAGAAGGUAUUGGGAAUCCACCUGAACUUCUUCCCGUUGAUGAAGCUGAACCUGCAGAUUCUCCCCUCCCUCUUUCUUGGGCCGUACAUGCCGUCGCUGUUUGGAUUCACACAGACUGAUGUGGAACGGAUGUAUCCCUUCAUGAGGAACAUCUCCAAGCUGCUGAAGGAGUCGGGGUACCUGCACAUCCAGGGAACAAAACCAGACACAGUUGGCUGUGCCCUGAAUGACUCCCCCGUGGGCCUGGCUGCCUACAUCCUGGAGAAGUUUUCCAGCUGGACCAACAUGGAUUUCCAGGACCUGGAUGAUGGUGGGCUGCUCAGUAAGUUCUCUUUGAAUGAGCUACUGACUAACGUGAUGAUCUACUGGGUUUCGGGCUCCAUCACGUCCUCAAUGAGGAUGUACAAAGAGAACCUGGGGGUGAACACCAUGAACAGAAUGGAUGGAAGGAUCGCAGUCUACGUACCCACAGGAUUGGCCGCCUUUCCCAAUGAAGUAAUGCAUAUUCCAUUGACCUGGGCCAAACAGAAAUUCAGGAGGAUUGUGUCCUACUCCUACAUGUCACGGGGAGGUCACUUUGCCGCCCUCGAGGAGCCUGAGCUGCUGGCUGAAGACCUCAUACGCUUCAUUCAACGUGUGGAAAAGAGUGGCUGAGAGAUGCAGAGCUCAGUUCCACCUGAACGGGACCCCCUCCCCCCAAAUGGGAAGUCUUGUCAGAUAUACAAUACCACAUUCACAAGGUGAAGGCGAUCCCUUCACCUUCAGUUCAGUAAUGUCCCGCUGUGAAAAUGGAUCAUUGGAGCUGCUGUUGACUUUUUUAUGAUCAAAUAUAAUGGACUAUCCCCGAUGAUACUGUCCACUUUUCCUGGGGUCCCCUGUACUUCUCUGUCAGACUGAGAAAUAAAACUUUAGUAUUCCUAACUCCCUCUG